AUGCCGGUAGGAUACAAGCCCCCAAAGUUUGACAUAUUUGAUGGAAAGAGCGAUCCUCAUGCACAUCUGAGGGCAUACUGUGACAAGUUAGUCGGUGUAGGGAUAAAUGAGAAGCUGAGAAUGAAGUUGUUCAUUAGAAGUCUAUCAGGAGAAGCGUUAACUUGGUAUACACGCCAGGAUCCUCACAAAUGGUAUAACUGGCAGAAAAUGGCUGAGGAUUUCAUGAAUCGCUUCAGAUUUAAUACUGAAAUCACUACGGACAGGUUCUCAUUAGCCAACAUACAAAAGAAACCAUCGGAGGACUUCCAAGAGUAUGCACGACGUUGGAGAACCGAGGCUGCAAGGGUUCAACCACCGCUCGAUGAGAGUGAGCUCUCAAAAUACUUUAUUCGAGCCCAAGAAGGUAUCUACUUUGACAAGAUGAUGUCAAUGAUGGGCCAAAAGUUUGCAGAAUUGGUCAAAAUGGGAGAUUUUAUAGAGGAAGGCAUCAAAUCGGGAUCCAUUGGUGGCAUCAAGAAGAAAAAGGAGGAUGUUUCAGUCGUCAAUUACCAACAUGAAGGACAAUCCCACCAAUACCCCACCAAUCCCCAAAUUGUUGCAUAUACUCUAUACACCUCGUACCCGGUAUAUAAUACCCGACCACACUAUAAUCCACCUCGAGCACCAACAUACCAAAGUCCAACAAGACCACAUGUCCCACUCCAAGCACCAACCCACCAAAACAGACCAGCAUAUGUGCCAAGACCACGUCCAAAUCUCGAAGCCAGAAAUACUCGCACCUACACACCCAUUGCAGAACCUUAUGCUCAAUUGUUUGAAAGGUUGAGGAUAGUAGGAGUACUACAACCAGUUGAGGGAAAACUCCCCGACCCAAUCCCUUACAAUUUUGAUGGAAACAAGCGAUGCGCUUACCACUCGGGAAUCCAAGGGCAUGACACAGAAGAUUGUUAUGGCUUGAAAAACCAGGUUGAGACGUUGAUCAGAAGAGGAAUAAUAAAAUGCACUCCAACACCUCCGAAUGUGAACAACAACCCUUUGCCAAAUCAUGAGAAUCGAGAAGUCAGCAUGAUUUCUCUAGAAGAAGAGUACAACUUGGGAGAAACCAUCGUGCCUGUCUGGAACGCCGAAGAAGCUGCCACUGCAUCUCCAGUGCAACCUAUUAUCACUGUUCAGCUAAGGGAACCUCUUACUGUCAAAACAUAUCUCCCGAGAGUUGUAGUAACCACUACAGUUGCUAGAAAGGCUGAGUUUGACACCAAAGGAGUCCCAUGGGAUUAUAAAACAGAAGCCAAGGGCAAGAUGAUUGAUGCCGCUGUGGCUCAUAAAAUGACUAGGUCGGGAAGGUGCUAUGCUCCAGAGGAUCUGAAUCGAGGAGUUCUUGGGAAGGAACCGAAUCCCAAAAAGAAUGUUACCGAUGUUGAAGUCAUGGAAUUUUGGAGGAAGAUGUAG